CAUUCCGGGUCAAAUCCAACAUGGCUGCGCUCAUUGUGUAACUGAAAGGUUUUCUUACGGUUUUAGUCCAAAUACUGGUUUGUUAAGAAAAAAUGAUGCUGAGAUCCGUCGGCAAGUGUUUGCUGAGUGAUACGAGAUUCCUCUGGUGCAGGAAUGACGUUUUUCCGACGCUACAUCGAGCCGUAACGCGAGCUCCAAACCAGGUGACGUCCAGUGGCCUGUGUACAUGUGCUGUGAGCAGGAGGCCAUCAGCUCUCCUGUCCUCCAGACCAUUCCAACAGCUCAGGGGGAUGACGUCAAACCCUGUCCCACCCUCACGCCCCAAACCUGAGAGGACGACCUCGGUGUGGAAGGCUUUAGUUGGAGCUGGUGUGAUAGGAGCUGCACUGCUGCUGUUCUUCAACUAUCUCAAGAGAGAGAAAGAGCUGGCACUUGAAAAGGAACGAUCCAAGUCUCUGGGAAAGGCUCUUAUUGGAGGACCGAUCUCCAUGGUAGAUCACCAUGGUAACCCCAAGACGGAGAAGGACUACGAAGGACAGUGGUGUCUGCUGUACUUCGGCUUCACACACUGUCCUGACAUCUGUCCUGAUGAGCUAGACAAGAUGGCUCAGGUUGUAACGGACAUGGCUAACAUCAAGCACCUGCCCAACAUCACUCCCAUCUUCAUCUCCAUCGACCCAGAGAGAGAUGAUGUCAAGUCUAUCGCUGAAUAUGUCAAAGAGUUUCACCCGGAACUGAUCGGCCUAACAGGUUCGCUGGAACAGGUGAAACAGGUGUCCAAGAACUUCCGUGUGUACUACAGCCAGGGGCCUGUAGAUGAUGAUGGAGACUACAUUGUGGACCACACCAUCAUCAUGUACCUCAUGAACCCAGACUGGCAGUUCCUCGACUACUACGGCAAGGACAAGAACUCAGACCAGAUCGUCGCCAGCAUAGCGGGGCACAUGCGCAAAUACAGGAGCUAACCAAAACCAUCAACCAUAGCUGUCUCACGAAGUAAAUUACUAUAUGAUAGAAAUAGCUCUAUAAAAGUAGCAUUGUGCAAGUUAAGGACAAGUUGUUGUAUAGUUUGCUUUUCACUAUUUUGAUUAGUUCAUGUAUCUUUAACUAAAUGAAAAGAAAUACUUUAAGAGACCAGCAGGCUACCUCGCUAACCAACUCGCAACCACAGAUGACUUUGCUACACGAUUAGUUCCCAACGAUGGUUUGGAGAAGGUCUGGAGGUCAUUGUCAGGCUUUCUAGAAGAUUUUGCAUGUCUUGUCUGCCUCAAGUGUCAAGAGUAGCUUCCUCACAGAAUGUUUAAGUUUAAAAAAUGGAUGAAUUCUUGUGCAAGAAUCCCAGCAACUGACUUGUGUGUUUCAUGGUAUAACUGGAGAAUAAUGUAAAAAAAUCUAUCAAAGUUUAUGUUGAUAAUUAAGCUCAUGAUGUGACAAUUUUAUAACAAUCAGAAUAAAGUCAUGCAGAUGAUAGCAA